UAUUUCUAAUUUCUUCCUUUACUAUUGAACCAGGAUAUGCUUAAAGCCCAAGUUAUCCUCUUUCCUGGUGUGGAAUCAUGGCUUCUUGGUCAUCCAAUAAACUCUUCUUAAACAAUUCCCAAUUUUCAUUCACAUUUUUCUUUCUAUUUUUCCUCCCAAUCAAUUUUGUUCACAAUAUUCCUGAGCUUUGGGAAGUUAGUCCUUUCCAAUCAAUAGAAUCUGCUUUAUAUCCUAUUUGGAGUUAGUGAAAUUCCAAAUAGACUGAAAGUCUACACAUUUUUCAAUGCAUUUCAAAUUUCCUGUAGUAAUUAUCUUAGAGUUGCAUAACAGUUAACAAUUUUCAAAGUGUUGCACAAACUAAUUCUGACUCUGCCACUGGUGGAGGGUUUAAAAAAAACCCAAAACUUUCCUUAUUAGAGUGCCCCAUGAUUUAGUUCUUGUAUUGGAGAUCUUUCUCCUGGAUAAUUUGGUUUAUUUCUUGAUCUCUCAUAGCUCUGAUAAUGCUGCUUCAGACUGUCAGACAAUUACUCUCCCCACCCCCAAAAGGUUUAAAAUGAACUGGCUAAGAUAAAAUUACACUGCUGCCUGCUGACAGCAGUUGAUAACACAGUCCAAACACUGCUAAUCCUCCUCCUCCCAAGGUACUGGAUAUUUUUUUGCCUUGUUGCAUGCUACUUAAUUUUGUAAUUCCAAACAGGUGGUUGGGAAGGAGGGUGUAUACUGGUCCAUAUGUCUGAACACCAUCUUCAGUAAAGCAUAAUGAAAACCGCCUCUUAUGAACGAACACUCGUGCGCACACACACACAAACAGAGCAUUCUCCUUUUAGAAAUGAGGGCAGGCCAAUUGUCAGCUCAGUCUCUCCAAAGGUUAAUAAUAAAACAAACUGAAAGCUUGGAAAUUAGUGGCACGUUGCUCUGAAGGUGCAAAAGAUGUUGGGGGAGAGGGGAGAUUAGAGGCUGAGAGAACAUAGGUUUGAAUGGUAGGAGAGCGUGGAGCAAGAUUCAGAGAUCACAACAACUGCCAGUUUGGGUGUAACUAACACAGUAGUAAGUAUGCUGCAAGUCCAGGGCAGGAAUCUGACCAGUGUUCUAGUUGUUAAGAAAAAUAAUCAAGUCUGCAUAAAAUUGACAGACUUUGGAAGGGAUGUAAUGAAACAAAUGUAAUGCGUGUUUGAUCUGUGCUCAUGUUAUGGUUCUAACCCUCCAUAGCAUCUGCCUGAUUGUCUCCCCCUCCACCUCCCAUCCCCUAAAAGCAUCACCAUCCCACCCCUCUAUAUUUACCCUUCUCAGUGAGAACUUUCCAAGAAUGGAAGUAGUAAGAUACAACGCCUGUGGGGCUAAAAUUAGCCCGAGCGCCCUGGCCUUUAUCCCUGCUAGUGGCAUUUCAGCUGCGUGCCUGACGACCUGCGUUGCUCCUGUUCCACAGAGCUGGUGCCCCGCUCCUGGGUGAGGUUUCUCCUCCUGGGAAGAUCUUGUCUCUCCCUUUUUGUAAAAGGUAAAAGAGAAUUAGCACUGGGACAAGCUGCCUGCUUCACAGCACUAGGUGAGCAUCAACUACCUCACAGAGGUAAGACAGCAACAUAAUGAUGGCCAGGCAGCUUUGGCAACUUUAAAGUAACCUGGUAACCACAGCUUUAAAUGUAUCUCAUGCUUUACACAGUUCAUGAUGAGAGUUGUACUUAAGAGACAAACCAAAAAUGAAUCUAGUGGAUAUAACCAAAAUCUUCUCCAUGCUCCAGCCCAGAGAAAAUGAAGAUGAUAAUGGAGAAAGACAAGAGCUGAACCAAGCAGCGUCCCAGGAUGAUUAUCAAACUCUUGAUGAACUCUUGUGCCAAGACAGAUACAAAACAUUUAUUAACUGCAGAAGUGGUUGGGGGGUACCUGGGACCCCACUUCGCCUAGCAGCUUCAAAGGGCCAUCUGCGAAGUUUAGAAGUUCUCUUGGCCCAUGGAGCAGAAGUGGACAGCCUAGAUGUGAAGGCGCAAACUCCGCUAUUCACUGCUGUUAGUAAUGGCCACCUAGACUGUGUUAAAGUACUGUUGGAGGCAGGGGCCAGUCCUUCCGGCAGCAUCUACAAUAACUGUUCUCCACUGCUCACGGCCUCUAGAGAUGGAGAUGUCAGCAUUCUGCGAGAACUCUUAGACUAUGGGGCGGAAGUCAAUGUUAAAGCAAGAGUCCCAGAGUGGGCUGCCAACUCUGCAGCUUGUUCUGGCCCUUUAUAUCUCUCAGCGGUCUACGGACAUCUGGAGUGUUUUAAAAUGCUGCUGCUUUAUGGAGCAGAUCCCAAUUACAACUGCACUGAUACGAAAAUGAUCGCACGAAUCAAGCAGCCCAAGACGGUGCUUGAAAUCUGCCUGAGACAUGGUUGUGGGAGUGAAUUCAUAAAACUGCUCAUUGAUUUUGGAGCCAAUGUGUACUUACCAAACAUCGCAGGAGAUAAGAUUUCACCGAAUAGUGAGGCUUUGGCGCUGCUGAUCAGGGAAAGAGCUCAUCCAAAAUCCUUGAUGUCUCAGUCUAGGCUGGCUGUCAGAAAGCUUCUGAAACUGACCAACAGCGCACGUGCCAUAGAUCAACUGGGGAUCCCACCUGUGCUAGUGAACUACCUCAAACAUCAAUCUUAAGGGAAGAUCAGAGCAAGUUUUGAAGACAAAGUUCUACGUAAUGUGUUGACCACCUUGAUAAAAAGCCAUUGUGGAGUAGCAAUUAUGCAGUACAUGGUAGCCAGGAUUCAGUCAUCAUUACUUGCUGUGAGUGCGUUUGCUUACAUUACAUCUCCAAAAGGCAGCUUGGCCUUUAUUGAAACGAACCAAACCAAACUGGUAAAAGGUGAUAACAGUAGAUGAAGAUGGAAAAGAACUUGCCUCUAGCAGUGCAUUGAAUGGACCGGAGAAUGUUAGAAAAAGUCUGGUUUCAGUUUUUUAUAUCAUUUUGGUUUUAUACCCUCAUAACUUAAUCCUCUUACACCUUCUUAUUUGUUACAAUCAAAUCCAAAAAUGUCUGUAUGGCUAUGCCAGAACCUGAAAGGCAAGGCUGGUUUUCCCUCCUACUUUUAUGGAGGAGAGGACAGGAGGUACAAUAGGGUAAAGAGUGUUGGUCUUUGCUCCGUGUUGCGGCUUUAGUUGUAUGUAGUUAUCUGUCUUGUUUUUUAAAAAACACCUCUUUCCUGGAAAGUUAUAAAAGUGCACCUCAGCCUUUCUGCGCUGGGACUAAGAUCAGAAUUGUGUGUGGGUGAAUUUAGAGCUGGUGAAGUUUGUCAGACCUGGAGAUUGGAGCCCUCGGAGCACCGUGCAAAGAGUGCUGUGGCAAGGUGGAUGGAGAACAGCAGUGCAAACUAACAUACCCUACUCUUAGUGAUUCCCAUGGGGGUCAGAAGGUGGCCAUUCAAUUUUUGGCCUCUGCUGAGACUGAUAAACAGGGGGCUCAUCAGUACCUGAUAUGGACAACUAUCUCAAUAGCUAGGGCUGUGAUUGUGUUGUCUUCUGAAUCUUGUAUAGCACUGAGAGAAUGCUUAGUAAUAUAGACAGUAAUCAUUGUCCAUAGAACAGCCAUCAACUGGUAAUAAUUUCCAAUCCUGGGCUGGAUUUGAAAUGGUGACCUAGAGGCAAAAGGCUCUGUUUCAUAUACAGUCCCCUGAGCCCUCCUCCCCUCCCAUAUGUAAUUUUUUAAAGACUCAAACACAUUGUUCAAUCUUCUCCUUAAAGAUGGCUCAAGGCAGGAUUAAGGGGAGAAAAUUUUCAUCCAAUCUGUUGUGUGCAUAUGAAUCUACAGUUUUAAACAAAAUGUAUAUUAUUGUUGUGAUUAAACUAUUCUGGCCUGUUUGGUAAGAUACUAUUUCAUUGUUAGUGGAAGAGACAGGAAGCCCUCUUGGUGCUUUAUGUACAUCCAAAUUUGGCACAAUAUCAGUUGGGAACGUGACUCUGGCUGAUAACACAAAGGUCCAGGCUUAAACUUAGCGUGGCUCAAGUUGGCAAAGCAAGUGUUCAUGAACAUUCACCCCAACUCCAGAUAGCUCUUUGGUUCAAUCUCAUUCAGGCCCCUUUUAUUCACUAAAGGGUUUUGCUCACAUGCUGGCUGCUGUUCAUACAGCUACCCAGAUUUGCCUGUGAACAAUGGUACUGGGGCAUGAACAAAUGUAUUCAGUAUUCCUAUUCACUACCUUUGUGUUUGUUUGCCAUUAGUCUCUUGUUUAAAAAGCUUCAGUCAGCCAAUCAAAGAACAAAGUCAAUCACCUUAUGAUGAAUCUCACAC